GUACAGAUGCAGUACCGCCGGAAACAGCACGAUACGCUGCUAUACACAGCGGACUGCACGUUAGCGCUGGAACCGGUUGUGGGCUGUUUGUGUUGGGUAUUGGCAGUGCACGGGCAAACAUUUGUUCAGCGGAAGGGAAACGGAGAAAGUGCUGCAUCAGGAGCAGCUGUCAGACGGCGACUAACCGAUCGAAGACAAUUUUUCUUUAGUGGGAACUAACGAACAGGAAUAUAUGCGUUCAUACAUUAAUUUCCUCCAAGCUUUAUAGAUUUCCUAUCGUAUACAAGCGUAAUUAUUUUCUUUCCUGAAUUGUUUGUGACAAUUUGUGGAAAGCCAACCGGGAAGAAUGGGACAUUUCGCCAAGGAUGACGAUAUCAGCGUCACCAUUAACGGCACCCGCUACCAAGUGCCGCGGGCGCUGUCGGAAGUGACGCUGAACGAGUACCUGCGCAGUUAUCUGCAGUUGGGCGGCACCAAGGUCUUCUGCCGCGAAGGCGGAUGCGGCGCCUGCGUGGUGACGGCCACCUACCCGGACGCCCACUCCACUUCCGGUCAGACCGUCUCGCGCGCCAUCAACUCGUGUCUGUGUCCGAUUUUAUCGUGCGACGGCUGGAGCAUCACCACGGUGGAGGGCGUCGGCACGCAGAAGCACCCGCACCCCAUCCAGCAACGCUUAACCGACCACUACGGGACGCAGUGCGGCUACUGCUCCCCGGGGAUGGUCAUGAGCAUGUACAGUCUGCUGAAGGAGCACCCCGAUGGGAAACCCAGCGCGGCGGAUGUGGAGACCGCCCUGGGCGGCAACAUCUGCCGCUGUACCGGCUACCGGCCUAUCCUUGACGCGUUUAAGACCUUCACGAAGGACGGCGUGAAGGACGUCGAGGAGGCCAACUGCACGCCGUGUCUGACCAACGGCGAACUGUGCACCAACGCCUGCCACCGCAAGGCCAACGGGCAGCCGGUGUACGUCAAGAAGAUCCUGGACAGUGUGCGCGAGACCGCGCCGCAGUGGCACAGUCCCCAAGUCCCUGGACGAGCUAUACAAACUGCUGCCGGAAGUGGCCAAGCGCAACCCGUAUUACGUCGUCGGCCGCACCGGGGCAAUACUAUUAGAAAAAGUCUGUUUAUGGGAGCCGCCGUGUCGCUGACGGACGUCAUCAACACAUUCGAUGCGGAGAGCAAAAACGAGGGUUUCCAGUAUUUAGCCAAAUUGGCCGGAUUGCUGCGUCGCACGGCGCAACCGCCCGUCCGAAAUGCGGGCUCGUGGGGCGGCAACCUGGCCAUGAAGCACCGGCAUCCGGAUUUCCAGUCGGAGACCUUUAUCGCGCUGGCCAUCGCCGAUGCUACCAUCGUUUUGGGUCCCGGUGGGAAACGGCUGUCGAUCCCGGAUUUCAUGAAGGAGGACCUCACCGGAAAGGUCAUCCUGGGCGCCGAAUUGCCGGUGUAUUCUUCGCGCGACUAUUUCUUCGCGGCUUACAAGAUCAUGCCGCGCUAUCAGAACGCCCACGCCGUGGUCAAUGCCGGUUUCCGCGUGAAAGUGGACCGCAGCAAGGCCGGUAAAGUGGUCAUCGCCGAUAAACCCAUCAUCGUCUACGGCAGCAUCGGACCGCACUUUGCGCGUGCCCACAAAACGGAAGCCUUCUUGGCCGGCAAAGACGGCUGCAUCAUCAAAGGUCACCAUGGGAAGGACCUGGCCGAUCCGGCCGUGCUGCAGGAGACGCUGCGCGUUCUCAAAGCGGAAAUCCAGCCGGAAUACGACCCGGCCGAGCCGUCGACGGAGUACAAACAGGCGCUCAGUCUCUCGCUCUUCUACAAGUUCGCGUUGGAAGCGGUGGGCGAGCUGGCGGACAGCCGGUACCGCAGCGCCGUGGGAUACAUCCACCGGCCGGUGUCGCACGGGACGCAGCACUGGCAGACGAACAAGGACAAGUGGCCGCUGACCAAGCCCAUCCCCAAGCUGGAGGCUAUGGCGCAGUGCACCGGCGAGGCCAAGUUCAUCAGCGACAUCGAGCAGGACGGAUUGCUGCACUGCGCUUUCGCCUUGACGGAGCAGGCCAACGCCGACAUCCACAACAUCGACAUCAGCGCCGCCGUGAAAGCCGCCGGCGUCGUGCGGGUGUUCCUAGCUGCCGACAUUCCCGGUGUGAACAACCCGUUGCAGGUGUCGCCCAUCGCCCCGCCCGAGCAGUUCCUCACCGACAAGCACUCGGACUACGCCGGGCAGCCGGUGGCCUUCGUCGUCGCAGAAACGCGCGACCAAGCGGAAGCGGCGGCCGCCCUGGUCAAGAUCACCUACAGCAAUAUUCAGAAGCCCAUCCUGACCUUCAGCGACGCCAUCGCCGCCAAAUCAUUCCACGGUGAGCCGAUUGAGAUUAAGAUCGGUGACGCGCAAGCGGGGCUGGCCAGUGCGCCGCACAAAAUCUCCGGCGAUUUCGAGAUGGGGACGCAGGCGCACUACCACAUGGAGACCAUGACGGCGCUGGCAGUGCCCAACGAGGACGGCCUGGACGUGGAGGCCGGCACGCAGUGGCUGGACUAUGAGCAGGCCGGCGUCGCGCAAGUCCUGGGAAUUCCCAAAAACUGCAUCCGGGUGACCUGCCGGCGCAACGGUGGCGGCUUUGGCGCCAAAGCCGCCCGUCACGUCCACUACACGGCUGCGGCGGCCAUGGCCGCCUGGAUUCUCAAACGACCGGCGAAGAUCCACGCGUCCUUGUUCGAGCAGUCGAAAUUCGUGGGAAAGCGUUUCCCGUACUACGGCAAAUACGAAGUGGGCUUCGACGACAAGGGUCGUCUGCUCAGCGUCCGUUACGAAGUCUACUGCAAUACCGGCACCCUCAACAUCAUGGCGCCCACCAUGAUGUGGAAGGAAUUCGGCGAUUCCGGGUACAAAUCGGAAAACUGGCACUUUACGCUGUACAACUGCAAGACCAACCUGCCGCCCAACACGGCGACGCGUGCACCCGGAAGCACUGAGGGUCUGUACUUCAUGGAGUACAUGCUGGAGCACAUCGCCAACUAUUUGAAACAGCCGUCCAUCUCCGUCAAGCAGCUGAACUUCCUGCAGGAAGGCGACAAGAACAUCGCCGACGAGCCCAUCGAACACAACCAUCUGCCGACCAUCACCGAGCAGCUGCUGAAAUCCUCCGACUACUACGAGCGCUUGAAGCAGACGCAGCAGUUUAACGCCGAGCACCGCUGGCGCAAACGCGGACUGAACGUGGUGCCGCUGCGCUAUCCGUGCGGUUACACCUUCGCCAUGCUGAACUGCUUCGUUUCCAUCUACCAUGAUGAUGGUUCGGUGGCGGUGUCGCACGGCGGCAUCGAGAUCGGCCAGGGCAUCAAUACAAAGGUGGCGCAAACGGUGGCCUAUGAACUGGGCAUCGAGGUGGAGAAUGUGAAGAUCCUGCCGACGGAGACGCUGACCAGUGCCAACUGCGGCCCCACGGGCGGCAGCUUCACCAGCGAGAUCUGCUGCUUGGCGGCCAUCGACUGCUGCAAGCAGCUAAAAGAGCGCAUGGCGCCGGUGCGGCAGAAGCUGGGCGACGCCGUUCCGUGGCGGCAGCUGGUGGAGGCCUGCCACUGGUCCAACAUGGACCUGUCGGCUCGCGCCCGCGCCGCACCCAUCGGCUUCAUGCCGUCGCCGUCGGCCUACCACACCUUCGGAGCCAUGUGCACGGAAGUGGAGGUGGACGCGCUGACCGGCGAGUACCAGGUCAACCGGAUGGACGUCCUGUACGACUGCGGCGAAUCGCAGUCUCCUUAUGUCGAUAUGGGCCAGAUUGAGGGCUCGGUGCUGAUGGGGCUGGGCUACUACACCUCGGAGGAGGUGCUCUACGACGCCAAGACGGGCGCCAACCUGUGCCCGAGCACCUGGCGCUACAAGCCCCCCACCGACAAGGACAUCCCCGUCGACUUCCGCGUGGCCAUGCUGCGCGACGCCCCCAACCCCCUGGGGGUCACCCGCGGCAAAUUUGUGGGUGAGCCGCCCUUCUGCAUGUCGGCCUCGGUGGUCUUUGCGCUGCGCGACGCCAUCGGCGCCAGUCUCAAGGAGAAGGGACACUCCAACGACUGGUUCCGCAUUGACACGCCCAUGACGAUUGAACGCGUACACCACUACGCCAAUGUCCAACCGGAGGAGAUGGUCUAUUCCAAAAAAUAAUCCAAUUAUUUUACAAAGGAAUCCGGCAAACACGGCGAAUCACUACCUAACUGCAACCGCCGAUGCUUACGCUAAUAAGCUGCUUAAGCUAUGAUAUAGUAUUCUGCUUUCGGUGUUUUUACAAAUAAACUACGACUAAAUUUUUCAGCUACACUCUUUCGCUAUUUUUCAACGUUGCAUCAUUCAUACCGCCGUGAAUUUUUUUAUCAUUGUCAAUUAUUCCGUCAUAAUAAAUUAAUGAUUAAACGGACAAUUGUUCUUAUUUUUUUCCGGUGUAUUUUAUUUACUGUAUAUUUCCAGAUUUCAUUAUCUAAAGAGAAAUAUGU